AACACUCACCACAUUCCUCCACCGACUCUCCAGCCUCCUUUCCCCGGAAAAGAGGCACCUAUCCCGGGCACACAGCAGCACGACAGGUCGGUGACAUGGCGGCCAGCGCGACCAUCCUGCCGUCCUUCUCCACCUUCGCCCUGCAGAAGGAGAAAAGUCUGCAAGAAGUGUGGCGGGACCAGGUGAGCUGCGGGCUCCAGAGAGACGACGAGGACCUGGACACCUUCCUGGACCUGGACUUUAUCCUGGCCCACAGCGUCAUGAGGGCGGACGGAGCCGCGGCGGACUCGUACCGGACUCAGGACUUCCAGCAGCCGGACUACGCGUCCGUGCCGGACCUGAACGCCGCCCCUCCGCCGCCGUACAGCAGCCUGAUGGCGGAGCUGCUCCGCCCCGACGCGGACGUCUGCGGCUUCGGCGUCCAAGGCAGGUUCCUGGUCGGCGCCUGCCCGCAGGACUCAUUCCCCGCGCAGACGCCGUGCGUCAAGGUGGAGCCCACCUCCGCGGACUCUUACGGCCCGGUGCUGGGCGUGGUCCCGCACACCUGCAGCAAGGUGAAGCAGGAGGGCGGAGCCACGUGCAUGCGAGCCUGGGAGCCGCAGCCGCGCCUGGCCAGCUCGCCGCAGGGCAGCCUGACGCCCCCCCUCAGCCCGGACCACCACGCACACGCCGCGUGCACGCGCACCUUCCCGCAGAGCUUCAACCAUCAUCAGCACCACCAUCAUCAUCAUCAUCAGCAUCAGCAUCCAUCCUUCCCGCUGCACUUCGACCCCCAUCACCACUUUCCCGCCAUGUUCGCCGAGGACGUGCACGCGCAUCUGCAGCAGACUUCCGGCCAGCGCCUGCUGCUCACGCCGCCCUCGUCCCCGCUGGACGUGAUGAUGGACGCCAACAAGCCGCGGCGGGGGCGGCGCUCCUGGCCCCGGAAGCGCGCGGCCUCGCACACCUGCACGUUCGCGGGCUGCCAGAAGACUUACACCAAGAGCUCGCACCUUAAGGCGCACCUGCGCACGCACACAGGUGAGAAGCCCUACCACUGCACGUGGGAGGGAUGCGGGUGGAAGUUCGCGCGCUCCGACGAGCUGACUCGUCACUUCCGGAAGCACACCGGACAUCGGCCCUUCCAGUGUCACCUGUGCGAGCGCGCCUUCUCCAGGUCGGACCACCUGGCCCUGCACAUGAAGAGACACCUGUGAGGGGGGCGUGGCUCCAGGUCUGACCACAUGAAGAGACACCUGUGAGGGGGGGCGUGGCCUCCCACGAACAAUGCGGGGGGAAAAGGGGCAAGAAUGUAGCUGGUUCUACUGCACCGUCAUGGCGGGAAACAUGCACCUGUCCACGCCCGCGUCCAGACAACGUUUUCCCACCGAAACCGCUGCAAACCUUUGAUAGAAUGUAAAGAGAUUAUUUUAUUGUACAUAAUAAACUAAAAGACACCAUC